UUCACAUAGACUGCACAGCAUCAUAUUUUGCACUGAUUUUGAGCAAUACAUGUAAUAAUCAAGACAAACCUACAUCAUGAUUGGCAGAAACAUCAGUUUCUAUAAUUCAAAAAUGGUCAUGAAUCAGUUUGAUGUGCUUCUGAAUGCAACACUAACACACACGCAGGAUACUACAGUGCAUGGCACAACACCAGUCUAGUAACUGAACAGUUAACCCAGCAUGCACGCGCACUCUCUCGCGCGGCAAGCCCAGGCUUCAUAAACAAGCCGCCGUCACUUUGUUGCUCAGUGUUGCCUCUGAUUCCACCGCAUCAGUGCAGCGGCUCUCACACGAUGGCACUGGCUGAUGCGGAGCGCGCUGUGUCCAGCUGCGGCGGCGGAGACUCAUUGUCCUGCUCCCCGUUCUCAGAAAUCAUCGAGCUGAACGUCGGCGGACAGGUUUAUGUCACCAGGUACACAACUCUCGUCGCCGUGCCAGACUCGCUCCUGUGGAACAUGUUCACCAAAAAGUCGCCAAAGGACUUGGCGAGAGACAGCAAAGGGCGCUUCUUCUUGGACAGAGACGGCUUCUUGUUCCGCUACAUCCUAGAUUAUCUCCGGGACCUGAACCUGGUCCUCCCGGACUACUUCCCUGAGAAGAGCCGCCUGCAGAGGGAGGCUGACUUCUUCCAGCUGCGGGACCUCGCCAAACGCCUUAGCCCGCGGGUGAGUAAAGAUAAUUCACUCAGCGAAGAGAUCAUCCAGAGUGACACAGAGGAAGGUGCGCAGCAGUGCGGCACCUCCGUCUGUAUGGAGACUUUGCGCGCAAUGUCGGUCAGCGGUGCCAUGCGCUCUCCAUCGCUGGACUCCAGAAAGUCUGGCUACAUCACGAUAGGAUACCGCGGCUCCUACACCAUUGGAAGAGACAUCCAGACCGAUGCCAAAUUCAGGAGGGUGGCGCGCAUCACCGUGUGCGGGAAGACGUCUCUGGCCAAAGAGGUGUUUGGGGACACGCUGAACGAGAGCAGGGACCCGGACAGACCGCCGGAGAGAUACACAUCCCGCUACUACCUCAAGUAUAAUUUUCUAGAGCAGGCAUUUGACAAGCUGACAGAGGUGGGCUUCCACAUGGUGGCCUGCAGCUCCACAGGCACCUGCGCCUACACCAGCAAUGAUCCAAACGAGGACAAAAUCUGGACAAGCUACACCGAAUAUGUCUUCUGUCGGGACUAAUAACUGCAGCAUUCACGUGAUCAUGUUGAUGUAAAUAGAAGGGAAUGUCUAAAUUAGUGUUGCGUUUGGUGUGUUGAAUGGCAAUGUUUGGCAAAAGCAAAUUCCAUUCCCAUUCUACUUAAAAUCAAACCAAGCAGCAGAGUUACCUCUGAGGUUAACCAGGGACAAAAAUACCAAAAAAUAAAAAAUACAUUUAAUACACUUUAAUGACACAGACACUCAAACGAGUAUAUGUUAAGAUAAUGCAAUUUGAAUUAUAAAUGGAAUAGCACAUCAUUUGAGAUGAUACACUCAUCCGAAGCCCUAACAGCACUCAAGGGAAUUAAAUCAACUUAAACUGAAGUUGCCAUGUUAUAAAAAGAUAAAUUCAGAUAACAUGUUUCUUUUGAUUGAACUUUAGAGUGUUACCUAAAUCAAGCUAUUUUUUCUUUCCACUUUGUCAACCAUUUUCUUGUUUCAGUGCACCAUCUUUAUUUCAUGUCAGCGUUACUUGACAAAAGUGCUGUGUGAAGUGAGCGGCGUCCGAGGACUGGCGAGCAGACAAUUCAGUGUCAUUUUAAUCUUGCUUGAUCCCGUUUUGCCACCUUUUUGUAUCAUGUAAUUGUCUCUUACAGCAGACCUAUCGCUGACAUAAUCGCUGUAAGUGUAUACGUGCUUGCCUGGUAGAGUUGUAUCUGUUAAACUUGCUCAGAUGAAAAUAAAAUCUUCUACUCUGUUAUUCUCAGCACUUUGCCAACCAUCUUAUCUUCUUCUCAACCAGUGUAGUCUACUUGAUACAUAUGUGCCCACUACAGAAGGGCCAGGAUUUCUAUAUAACAAUUAAAAAUGUGCAAAUAAAAGGUGGAUAUGUUGGUAGGAUAUUGCGCUGGUGGUCUGGCAACCCAUGCUGCCUUGAGUGUGUGUAUCUUUUUUGUAUACAUGUAUGUUCAUGGUAUUUUUCUAUAUCUUGGUGGAGAGCGUUAGUUGUUAGCACCCUUAUUGGGAAACCCAUGCAGGCACAGCACAGUGAUCAACUUUAUCUUCACCCCUGUUGAUUAUUCAACCAGCUAAGCACCACCUUGCCAGGGCCAGUAGUCCUUAUGAAUACUAAAACCUGGUCCUAAUGAGGCAGAAACUCAAAGUGAAUCAAAGUGAGACACUCAAUACAAAAAAAGAGUAGAAAUAACUAGAAAUAAUAGAGGCCGAGUCGAAAUAAGAAUGGCAGUGACCAACGUCUCACAAAGUUCUUGAUUGACUUAUGUACUUUUCCACUUCACAAAGUAUUUUUUCCCUGUGAUUACAUCACACAAGAAAAACCUUCCACCUAAGAGCUCGGUUUGCAUGUAAAUAUUGCAGAAGGAUCCGUAGCCGCCGCUUCCAUUUCUGUCGCACGAAAUUCAGUCGCAUGCUGUGUGGAUGCAAAUAGUGCAGCUGUGCACACAUGAUGUCAUUAUCAUUUGAAGUGUAAAUAAUAAAAGGGUCCAGCUGCACACAAAUAGGAGGUUUCAAUCUGACAGGUCCUGUGGGUGAAUGCAGAGAUGAUUGUGCAUCAGACGAUGCAGGAGCAGAAUUAUUUGUGUAUACAGCCAGUCCUGGAUUACGUGUUUCGCUUUCAAACAGACACGAAGAGGUUACCUUACAUUUAGAGCCAUGGGAGGAAUUAUAAAACAACAGGGGCUUAUAGACCAGAAGCAGUGAUGUAUCAUUUGUGAAGGUCAGGGGACAUUUUCCCACAGCGAAGAUCUAAGGGUUUCAAUGUUAGAUGCACAGACAUUUCAGGUGGCAGGGGCUCAAGUGAAAAUGAGGGCCCCCCUUGCAGUUAUUAAUUGAAAAAAAAUCUGGUUAUCUACUUACAUAUUUCUUUAUUUCACAAACCAUACUCUCAUGAAGGCCUAUGAGAUUCUAUAAAACUACUGUGAAAAAUACAGCUGUCUUGCAAAAACUAAUUAAACCUUUGGGCAUUAAUACAUACUAAUACAUACUAAGUUUGGGCAGUCCAUGGUAAUUGGAAAGGUUGCUGGUUUGAGUCUCCACCCGGUCAAGCCCCGAGCAAGGAAACCAUUCCCCAUUGUUAAUUGCACUCUCAAUUAUCUCCAGUGGGUUUACGUCAGGAAAGACAUCCAGUUUAAAAUCUAUGGGCCAUGUAACAAAAUACAAUAUAUAAUUGGAUAAAUAAAUAGAAAUGUUUUUGAAAAGGGACCACCACUAUUUGUGGUUCAUGUCCAAGGUGUCCAUGUGGUGAAUACCGUUUCCUUCCCAUCCGGGGGACACCUGAUGUUAGGACAGAAAAUGAAUCUUUAAAACAGUGACCUGUCAAUAAUUCGGACACAUCACAGUAAGCAAGCCAAUGAUGGCUGAAUUCCAUUUAGCUGCUCCAGUUCACCGGGACACCUGAAGACAACAGAGUCGUCAUAAAUGUGUUAUUUACUCUGAUGCUUUUUCUCACAAAGACUGUGAGUGACAGCGUAAAUAAGUUCAUUCAAGGUUUAUGCAUACAGCAAGUUUCAAACAGGCUAAAAAUACUAGUAUAA